AUGUCGGCGCCGGAGCCUUUACAUGAGGUUGUCGUCAACGAUGAAAAACGACCCGAUAGCAAUGCUUCGACAGAGAAUACUUUGACUGAAACUCAAGAAAAGAAAUGGUAUGGGAAUUUGAAUCCGCUGCGAUGGCAGACAAUCCCGCCUGUGCCAAAAGAACGAACAGUUUCAAAAGAAUAUGGCGCUUCGUUCUUCAGUAUCAUUUCCUUCCAGUGGAUGUCCCCAUUGAUGAAAGUCGGAUAUUUGCGUCCCCUCGAACUUCAGGAUAUCUGGACUGUGAACCCUGAUCGCACAGUGGAUGUUCUAUCAGAUCGUCUAGAUGUCGCAUUGCAGAAGCGCAACGAGAGCGGCAGUAAGCGCCCACUAGUCUCGGCCUUAUACGACACAUUCCGCUUCGAGUUCGUUCUUGGUGGCUUCUGCCAGCUCCUGAGCUCACUGCUUCUCGUUUUUGCACCCUAUUUGACCCGUUACUUGAUCGCCUUUGCUACAGAAGCAUGGGAGGCCAAGCAAUAUGGCACCGCCGCUCCUCAUAUCGGGAAAGGUAUGGGGUUUGUCGUCGGUAUAUCCUGCAUGCAGGCCCUCCAGAGCGUAUGCACAAAUCAGUUUCUGUAUCGCGGCCAAAUGGUCGGUGGUCAGAUUCGUGCUGUGCUCAUUUCGCAAAUCUUCAACAAGGCUAUGAAGCUUUCGGCGCGUGCAAAGGCUGGAGGUCAGGCGACGACUGAGGAGAUUGAGGCAUUGAAGUCUACAAAAGAAGACCUUUUGAAGGAGGAGGGUAAUGGUGCCGUUGAUGUUGCAACGGGUGUCGCAGGUGAUGGACGUGGAUGGAGUAAUGGUAGGAUCAUUGCUUUGAUGAGUAUUGAUGUUGACCGUAUCAAUCUUGCUUGCGGCAUGUUCCACAUGAUCUGGAGCGCCCCGAUCUCCAUCAUCGUGACAUUAGUUCUGCUGCUUGUGAACAUUGGCUACAGCUGUCUCUCUGGGUAUGCAUUGUUGGUAAUCGGCAUGCCACUGCUGACCUAUGCCAUUCGCAUCUUGAUCGUACGACGACGAAACAUUAAUAAGAUCACCGACCAGCGAGUAUCUCUCACGCAAGAAAUUCUACAGACUGUGCGCUUCGUCAAGUUCUUUGGAUGGGAGAGCAGCUUCCUGGGUCGAUUGGAAGAGAUUCGCACGCGAGAGAUCCGAUCAAUCCAGACUCUCAUGGCUAUUCGAAAUGCCAUCAUGUGUGUUUCCAUGGCUAUCCCGGUCUUCGCCUCUAUGCUUUCCUUCAUCACCUACUCUCUGACAAACCAUGACUUACAGGCUGCUGCGAUUUUCUCAUCGCUUGCUUUGUUCAACUCACUGCGUAUGCCGCUGAAUAUGAUGCCUAUGGUUCUGGGUCAAGUGACUGAUGCCUGGACUGCCCUCAACCGAAUCCAAGAGUUCCUCCUUGCAGAGGAGCAAAAGGAAGAUAUCACAAAGGAUACUGAAAUGAAGAAUGCCAUCGAGAUCGAAAACGCCUCUUUCACUUGGGAACGACUACCAACCGACAAAGAUGACGAGAAGCCUGGCAAGAAAGCCGCGAAAUUAAUUGCGGCUCAGGCGAAGAUGAAUGGCAAGGAUGAAAAGAAAGAGGCAGUUGCUGCGGAGCCGUUCAAGUUGAAAAACGUCACUUUGGAAGUAGGACGAAAUGAACUAUUGGCCGUGAUUGGAACAGUCGGUUGCGGCAAGAGUUCCCUUCUGUCUGCUCUGGCAGGCGACAUGCGAGUGGUUGACGGUCAAGUCCGAAUGAGCACAACUAGGGCCUUCUGCCCGCAGUAUGCCUGGAUUCAAAAUGCGACAGUCCGCAACAACAUUCUCUUCGGUAAUGAUUACGAUGAAUCCUGGUACAAUCAAGUCAUCGAUGCUUGUGCUCUAUCUCCUGACCUUGAAAUCCUUCCCAAUGGCGACCAGACUGAGAUUGGUGAGCGUGGAAUCACAGUCUCUGGAGGACAGAAGCAACGUCUGAAUAUCGCUCGUGCCAUCUACUUCAACGCGGAGCUUGUACUUAUGGAUGAUCCACUAUCAGCUGUUGAUGCCCAUGUUGGCCGUCACAUUAUGGACAAGGCCAUCUGCGGUCUUUUGAAAGAUCGGUGCAGAAUUCUGGCCACUCACCAGCUCCAUGUGCUGAGUCGGUGCGACAGGAUUGUCGUCAUGGAUGAGGGUCGCAUCCAUGCUGUCGAUACCUUUGACAACCUGAUGCGAGACAACGAGCUUUUCAAGCGAUUGAUGUCUACAUCUGGACAAGAGAACUCGAAUGACAACGCUGAAGAGGCUGCCGAGGAAGUCGAGGAGGAGGCUAGUAAACCUGAUGCGGAUCUAAAGGCAGCUAUACCAGGCAAAAAGACUACUGCGUUGAUGCAACAGGAAGAAAAAGCCACAGCUGGUGUUGGUUGGAAGGUCUGGAAAGCGUACAUCAGCGCAUCUGGCAGUUACUUCAAUGCUUUUAUGGUCAUCUUUCUGGUCUGUAUCUCAAACGUCGCCAGUAUCUGGACUAGUCUGUGGCUGUCCUACUGGACAUCUGACAAAUAUUCGCUGUCCACUGGCCAAUACAUAGGUAUCUACGCAGGUCUGGGCGCUGCAAGCGUUCUUCUCAUGUUUGCGUUCUCAACUUGGACGUCUAUUUGUGGCACAAAUGCCAGCAAGAAGAUGCUCGCGCGUGCUAUGUUCCGUGCCCUACGUGCCCCGAUGUCUUUCUUCGAUACUACGCCCCUCGGUCGCAUCACCAAUCGUUUCUCAAAGGAUAUUCAAGUCAUGGACAAUGAGCUAUCCGACGCAAUCCGCAUGUACGCUCUGACAAUGGUUAUGAUAAUCUCUAUCAUGAUCCUAAUCAUCGUCUUCUUCUACUACUUUGUUAUUGCCCUGGUGCCUUUGUUUAUCCUCUUUCUACUUGCUGCGGACUAUUACCGCGCCUCAGCCCGCGAGAUGAAGCGGCACGAAGCCCUCCUGCGAUCAGUGGUCUAUGCCCGGUUUGGCGAAGCCAUCACCGGUGUAGCAUGUAUCCGUGCCUACGGAGUCGAGAACAAAUUCCGCGAUAGUAUUCGCAGUUCUAUCGACACCAUGAACGGCGCUUACUUCUUGACAUUUUCUAAUCAGCGCUGGCUCACUGUGCGUCUGGACGCCGUGGGAACCUGUCUGGUUUUUGUCACCGGUGUUUUGGUCGUCACAUCACGUUUCAAUGUAUCGCCUAGCAUAUCCGGCCUGGUAUUAUCAUACAUUCUGUCUAUUGCACAAAUGCUGCAGUUCACAGUUCGACAGCUCGCGGAAGUUGAGAACGAUAUGAACGCUACCGAACGACUCCACUACUACGGAACCGAGCUGGAAGAAGAGGCCCCCUUGCACAGAGACCCCGUUCCCGAUAGCUGGCCUGAAAAGGCUCAUAUUAAAUUUGACGGUGUAAAGAUGCGGUAUCGAGCUGGGCUACCGCUCGUGCUCAAGGGUCUUAGUAUGGAAGUUCAAGGAGGCGAGCGAGUCGGUAUUGUUGGCCGGACUGGCGCCGGCAAGUCGAGUAUCAUGUCCGCUCUAUUCCGUCUGACUGAGCUGUCAGAGGGCAGUAUCAAGAUUGACGGAAUUGAUAUCUCGACUAUUGGCCUGUCUGAUCUGCGAUCCCGCCUGGCGAUCAUCCCCCAAGAUCCUGCUCUCUUUAAAGGCACAAUACGAUCCAACCUGGAUCCAUUUAACGAACAUACUGACCUGGAACUCUGGUCAUCGCUACGCAAGGCCUAUUUAAUCGGAGAUGAGACAAUGGGUCUUGACGCAGAAGGUCUAAUCAAUGAACCUGCCUCCGGCACCGCAACACCGGCCACAGACUUCGAUGCCAAACCUCGAAACAGACUGACUCUCGAGUCACCUGUUGAUGAAGAGGGUCUCAACUUCUCACUGGGCCAACGCCAGCUCAUGGCACUUGCUCGCGCACUCGUCCGUGACGCCCGCAUCAUCGUCUGCGACGAAGCUACCUCUUCAGUCGACUUCGAGACGGAUCAGAUGAUCCAGCGCACCAUGGCCCAGGGAUUCCACGGAAAGACACUGCUUUGUAUUGCCCAUCGUCUGCGGACGAUCAUCCACUACGAUCGCAUCUGUGUGAUGGACCAGGGCCAGAUUGCCGAGAUGGACUCUCCGCUUGCACUAUGGAAUAAGACGGACGGUAUUUUCCGGGGGAUGUGCGACCGCAGUGGAAUUACUCGCGAUGAUAUUUUGACCGUGGAUUGA